UUCCAGUUCACUCCCAACCACACUCGUUUAACCCACACUCGUUUGAACCAACCUUCUUCCUUCACCUUACCUUUUACCACCCAACCCACAUACACUAUCGCGAUGUUUGCCGGUAACACUCUCGCCCUCUUGGCCUUCGCCGGCUACGCUUCCGCCAACGGUCUUUCUCUUGCCAUUGGUGCCACCGUCAACGUCGGUGCUUCCAUCGACGUCUCGGCCAGCGCCUCUGUCGACUUGACCAGCUCUUGUUCCGCCAAGGGUGACUUUAUCACCGAGCUCUUGGGCCUCGCCCUCUGUUGCUCUGACGAGACCCGUACUACUCCUGACGCCAACUUGACCUGUCCCUUUGACUGGGGUAUGCACAAGACUGCCAAGUGCUGUAUCCCUCAACAAGAAAGCUCGGCUUGUGAUUGCGGCGAAGGCUACACCUUCAACGAGCAGACCAAAAAGUGUGUCAAGAACUCGGGCUCCUGCUCCUCCUCCCAAUGGUGGCACGAGCGAUCCAGCUCUUGCUGUGACAACUCGUGGAAGACGUCGCCCCCCAAUAGCACCUGCCCCUCUGGCGUCUCUUGCCCCACGGACUGGUUCUGGCACAAGACGGAGAGCAAGUGCAAGCCCCUCCACCCCCGUGCGCCCGAGCCCGACUGCAGCGACUGGAACAGCAACACCCAGUGCUGUGGUGGUUCCUCUCCUUCCCAGGCUGCUUCCAACGGUAAACGUCAGAACAAGCGAGCGUUCAAGGCCCGAGAGCAGACUGCCCUCUUCCCUCAGACUGCUCUUGACAGGACUUAUUGCCCCAACGGUCUUCAUGCUUGUACCGUCAACGGCAACACUGGCGGCGAGUGGUCUUACGAGUGCAUCGACCCUAUCGUCGAGCUCGAAGCCUGCGGUGGUUGUCUCGAGAAUGGUGGACAAGACUGCACCAACAUUGCGCACGCCUUGUCUGUCGGAUGCUCUGUCGGCACUUGCGAAGUAUUCUCUUGCAAGUACGGCUUCAAGCCUUCUGCCAACGCCACCGAGUGCAUCGCCGUCUAACCGCCUUCUUCCUCCGCCCUUUUCCUUUUGCCCCCUCCCCACGCUCUACGAUACGCUUCCGUACCGGUGUCUACAUAACCUUCUUUGCUCCCCACACAUUCAUUCAAACCGUUCAUUCACUCAACUACCUCUAUAUAAAUCUUAGAUCCGUCUGAUCAGACUUCCAAAAAGG